AUGCCUGUAUCAGAACUUUCACAUGAUGCUUAUCGUUUUCGUCGUUUAAAUGAUCAGGAGUCAACAACAAUUCGUCCAAGAAAUGUAGCAAAAGUCGAACCUUAUUCAAUAAAUACAAAUGCAGUUCGUCCACUAUAUCAAUCAACAUCACAACCAAUGACAACGACAACGACAAUAACGACAGCAGCAACAACAACAACCUCAGCUGUACCAUUAAAAGCACGUAUUAAUCUCGAUAGCAUGGGAAAUACACCAACCAAUUCAUCGACAUCCUCAUCGGCAGGUUCCCUUGGUGGCAUGAUUCGUCAUCCUAAUGUUCAUCAUUCAGAUUUUCUUACACCUAAUCCUGCAUAUCCAACACUUUCUUCUCAACCUCUAUCUAAAUCUUCAUCAUAUAUAGCACCCCCAAUAUUACUGUCUGAAUCACUUUCGCAUGGUUUAUUGCAUCAAUUACCAUCUGCUAAUAUUCCAUCAUAUAAUGGACGCACUACCAGCUUGGCUUCAUCAACAAAUAAUUUUCAACGAAAAUAUUCAUCACCUAAACAGGGAGAAUUUCAUUCUAGCAUGCAUACAUUUUCACCUACAUUAAAUCAUGAUAAUUAUAUUCCAUCAACUUCAUAUCAUUAUCGACCUACAUUAACAACUGUAAUAAAUGAUUAUCAACAACAAUUAGAAAUACCAAAACGUUCAGGCAUUAUUGAACAACAACAACAACAAGAAGAUGAAUUAAUAAAUAGUGGACAACAACAAGCAUCUCGUCGUCGUUUUCAAAAACGUAAACAAAUGAAACGUUCGAAAAGUGUUGAUUUAUAUCAAGAACCAUCUUCAUUUAUAUCUCCAACCAUGAAUAAUGAAUUAAAUAGAUCUUAUCGACAACCAAAAUCAACAAGUCGAGAAUAUCUAGGCGGAAAAGAAAAUUUAUCAUCGCCAUCAUCAUCUUCCUCAUCAUCAACAGCUGAUAUUGAACGUGUUAAUCGAGCUGUUUUACUUCGAUAUAAAUCCCUUGAUUCAAUGACAUUUAAUAAUCAAAAACCGAAUUUAAAUGGAAGAAAUAAUAAUAUAACUAAUAAUCAUCGAAGAAUUAUAUCUAAACCAGCAGAAUUUGAUUUUGACAGUGAUGAUUCUGUUUGUGGGAUACCAAAACCACGAAAGCUCUGUACAAGCUCAAGAAACGUAGCAAAAUCGGAUGGAAAAUUGCCUGAUCUGUCAUCACCCGAAAGAGAUCCACGUAAUAAUACACGACCAAUAUCAGUACAUAAUAUUGGUAAUGAUGGCACAUGUACAGGUAUAACCAAUGCAGUUCGUAAGAGUGAAACAAUUAAUGAUCAAACAUAUGCCAUCGUCGAUUCAACUCCUUCUACAACAAAAAUAAAAAUUAUAUCAACAAAUGAAAAAAAAGAAGGAGAAGAUGUCAUACAACAACAACAACAACAACAGCCAACAGAAAUAUCUCUUGCUGAAUCUCAAUUUUAUGCACGAUCUUCUGGUACACCAUAUACAAAACGACAUGAAUUUAUUGAUGAAAAAGUUAAUGAAGUUUAUUCAUCACCACCUGCUGAUGAUACAUUUCACGAUGCUAUCAAUGAUUUUAAUAUAAAUAAAGAUCAAAUAAUGCAUGAAAAAGUUAUACCAACCGAUUUAAAUGAAGAAGAAAACGUCAUACAGAAUCAAGAAUUAUUUAUCAAUGAACCAGUUAAUACUAAUUCAUCAUUACCUAUACAAACAAUAAGACCAUUAUCAAAUGUAGUUAUUGUUAAUCCUUUUGAACGUCUUCGUACAAUGAAUGUUCGAAAGGACCAAUAUCCAUCAGAAGAAGUAUCAUUACAAAUAUUUGAACAUCCAUCCUUUUUUCCAAAACAAAUUGAUUUACCACGUGAAAGUCCAUCGAAAUCAAUGAAAUUAAUUCGACCACUUCGUUCAUCUGUUGAACAAAUGUGUGAUCAAUUAAAUGAAAAUAAUGAUUCAUCAACAUCAUCAACAGCAACUACCAAUCGUUCAGUACAUUUACCUGUUGAAAAACAACGUGGUCUCUCCGAAAUAAUCCGAAAACGUAAUAGUCGAUGUAAAGUUGAAGAUUAUAAACGUUCAAUUCAAAAACCAAAUACAUAUGAAGAACAACAAGAACAACAACAACAAUUUAAUCGUACAUUACCAACAUCAAAAAGUGAUUAUGAAUUAAUGUUAUUAUCAAAUAAUUCAACAUCAUCACCAUUCGAUAUGAAUUCUAAAAGUUUUCAAAAAGCUCAUUCAGUUGAAAUAUCAAUUGAUAUUCAAAAUAAUAAUGAUAAACGAGCUAAAAUGUCAAUUGAACGAUUAAAUUUAUUAUUAUCAAAAGGUGAACAAAUAGAACAAGAACAAAUUUCAAAUGAAAUGGAUGAAAAUAUGAGUGUUGCUGAUAAAAAAAAUUUAUUUGAAACAAUUUCAAAAGAUACACAAUUUGGUGGUACUUUACCACGUUCAAAACCAUUUAAACAUGAAGAAUCUUCAUUGGUAUCACCAAUAACAAAAAAAUAUGCUAAUGAAAAACAACGUUCACAAACAGAAAAUAUUUUUCUUAUACAUCAAAAUACUGAAAGUUCAUCAGAUAAAAAAACUGAAAAUGAUACAUUUGAUGAUGAUAUUUCAAAAUUAUCAUUUAAAGAAAAAAUGACUUUAUUCGAUAAAAAUAAAUCUGCAGGAUUAGCACCAACAUCAUCAUCAAAAAAUAAUCGAAUUCGACUUACACAGCCAAUUACUGCCGAAGAAGUUCAAGCCGCUGCUAAUUUAACACCAUCAUCAAGUUCACAACAAUUAGAAUCCAUAGUUCCUGUGAAUGAUGAACAUCCUAUGCAUGACGCUUCUCUAUCAUUAUCAGAUGCAUCAUUUUCAUUUGGAAAAGAGCAGCAUGUCAGAUAUCAAUAUGCAUUCGAUGAUGCGGUUAUGUCGAAUCCAGAAGAAUCAGACAAUAUAAUACCAAUUAGUAAAAGACUUGAACAAUUCAAAGUAUUUGAUGAAAUAGAACGAAACAAACUUAAUAAAUUAUCAUCGGAUAAUUCAUCAGAAAAACUUUUAAUAUUAACAAACGAACAAAAACAAAGUUCAACAAGUACACGUAAAACUCCAACAUUAAAAUAUAAUGCCAAAAAAACUAAUACAGAUAAACAACAACAUGCUAAAACAGUCGAUAUUGUUCGUCUUAAAAACGAUUCAACCGUGAAAACCAAGGAUACUAAUCAAAUAGUGUUACCAAUUAAUAAAACAAAUGGUACAACAUUAUCAAAACCUAAUAACAAUAUAGUUUCUGUAUUAAAAUCUGAUACAAUAUCUGUAUUAAAACCAGAUGAUCAUCUCGAUGAGUUUUUUGCCAAUGCAACUAAAAAUUUAAAUAAUGAAUCAUCUGUUCAAUUGAAUACUGAUGAUCUUAAUCAAAUAGCUGAAAAUACUGUUAGAUUACAACCACAAGUAUCUCGUGUUCGACCUCCACGUCGUCAACAACAGGGAGCCAAAAAUCCUCUUCGACAAAUUCAAGCAACAAUACCAACAGAAAAUCAAUAUACAGAAAUACAUACAAAUCUUUCAGAACAAGAACUACGUCGAUUAAAACGAGCUCAAAUUGCUGAAACUGCUGGUGUUGCUCAAGAAGCUUUAGCAAAUUUAACUGCAGCAGAAAAUUUUGCUGAAGUCAAUUUACGUAGAAUAGAUCAAUCACCUGUUGCAAAAUUUGGUUUUGAACCAUAUAAAGAAUUAAUGCUUAUUUUAAUAAAAGGACGACGUCAAUGUUCAUUACGUCUUGUUAAUGCAACAUAUGAAUCAAUUAAUGAAGGUGAUUGUUAUUUACUAAUAACACCAUUAAAAGUUUUUGCAUGGUUUGGUCGUUAUGCAAAUGCAGCAGAAAAAGCUAAAACAACAGAUUUAAUUGACUAUUUAAAACAACAUCGUGAUUUUGGUUUACGUAAUGAAGUAAAAUAUUUUAUUUUGGAUCAAGCUAAAGAUGAUACAGAAAAUGAUAGUCAUGCAGAAUUUCGUGAUAUUUUACAAGGUGAAAUCGAUGAUUAUAAAUCAAUAGAUAAUGUUAUUGAUGAUGAUUUUUAUGAAGCAAAUAUAACAGAAUUAAAUCGUGUUUAUCAUGUUGAAAAUGAUUUACUUAUGCCAUUAGAUGAUUUAUGUUUUCGUUCAUUAUCAAUUAAAAUUCUUGAUUCAAAUGAAGUAUUUGUUUUUGAUUUUGGCUCAGAAUUAUAUGUUUGGAAUGGUAAAUAUGCAGAUAAAACAAAACGAAAUAUGGGUUUACAAUUAGCACAACAAUUAUGGAAUGAUUCAUAUGAUUUUAGUGAAUGUAUUAUUAAUCCAUUUGAUCCACUUGAUGAUAAAAAUGAACAAGCUAGUCAAAUUGGUACUAAACGACCAGAAUGGUGUAUAUUUGGAAAACAAAAUCAAAAUGUCGAAACCUUAUUAUUUAAAGGAAAAUUUAAUGAUUGGCCAAGUUAUUUCCAAGAAGUCAAAUCGGCUCUUGAAACAGGAAAUAAUAUCAAUAAACCAGCAUCCACACAACGACCACCAUCAAUUGUUGAAACACUCAAACCAGCUGAUGUAUAUAAAAUGCUUGUUAAACAAAAUAAUCCAGUAAAUAUGAUUCUUGAACAAAUUAAUUUAGGUCGAGGAAGAUAUUGGUAUGAUCCUAUUGAAAUGCGUGGUCAUCAUGUUCAAACUAUUGAAUUAAAUGUUUGGCAUGUAAGUGAUAAUGAACGACAUGAAUUAUCAAAAACAAGUUAUGGACAAUUUUAUUCUGAUGAUGUUUAUAUUAUUCGAUGGAAAUACAAAUUAAUUGCACUAGGUAAUAAUAAUACAUUAGAACGAAAGGCAGAUAUAAGUCGUGAUCGUGUUGCUUAUUGGAUAUGGCAAGGUGUUCAUGCUAGUCCAAAUGAAAAAGGUCUUUCAGCAUUAAUGACAAUACUUUUUAAUGAAGAAAAAGGACCUCAUAUUCAUGUUAUUCAAGAACAUGAAGAAGCAACAUUUUUACAAUUAUUUGAUGGUACAUUAACUAUUCAUAUGGGUAAACGUAAUCAAUCGAAACAAAAUAAAUCACAUUGGCGUUUAUAUGUCUUUCUUGGUGAAAUUGAUGUUGAAACACAUUGGUGGGAAUUAAAUGUUAAUAGUGCUAAUUUACGUAGUAGAACAUCAUUUUUAUUAAUUAAUAAUAUUGAAAAUUUAAUGUUACUUUGGCAUGGUUAUGCAACAACUGAUGAACAACAAAUCUUAGCUAGUAAAUCCGCUAUGAAAUUACGUGAAAGAUGUUCGGAAGAAUUUCAUUUUGAUGGUCAAAGUGAAGAUAUUGAAUUCUUUGAAAUGGAAGAAGGUGAUGAAAUAGAAUUAUUUUGGGAUGGAAUUAAUGAACGAAAUCAUGAACGAAGAUAUUAUUCGUUAUUAAAUGUUCGCUCAAAUCUAAAACUUUCGUCAACUAUGCGUAUCUUUCAUUUAUCAAGUCUUCAUGGUCCAUUUGUUGCUCAAGAACUUCUUUAUACCCUUCGUUCACCUGAUCAUAUAUCACCAUUUCCAUUUAUACAAUCUGAUUUAUAUGAACUUCAUCAACCAGCUUUAUGUUUAAUUGAUACUGAUACUGAAUUAUAUAUAUGGCAAGGAUGGCAUGAUCAAUCUGAUGAUGAACUUGGUUUACAACUUUUUAAUGCAAAUUUAUUAGCACGUGGUCCAAGAGAUAUACGUUUUACAACAGAACGUCGUUGUGCUUUUCGUACAGCUGUUGAUUAUUAUAAAACAAAAACUGGUUCAUCAACUAUUGAUAUACCAUUUUAUAUUAUUUAUGCUGGUUUAGAACCAAUUGAUUUUAUUAAUUUAUUUCCUAAAUGGACUGUGAAUAUUAAAGCUCGACAACAAAAUCAAUUGGAAGGUAAAAACUUAAAUCAGAAAGAUUCAAUUAUUGAUGUACUCAAUGAAUUAUGUCGUGAGCAGUAUACUAUUGAAGAACUUCGAGCUCGUCCAUUACCAGAAGGUGUUGAUCCAUCAAAAAUUGAAUCUUAUCUUUCUGAUGGAGAUUUUCAAAGAGAAUUUCGUAUGAUUAAAGAUGAAUUCUAUGCUUUACCCUAUUGGAAACAAACCAAUAUUAAAAAACCACUUGGAUUUUUCUAA